UUUAUAGUAUUAGAUUUAUUACUUAAUACUUAACAGUUAACACUUUUACAGGUUUGUAUUUUUCAAUUGUUACUUAAUACUUUUUCAUCAGCUGCAUUGAUUAAAUUCAAUAAUAUGUCGCUCGACUCGAUUCCCAAGGAUAUGAGAUCCGCAAGAGCAUGCCUUGUGUGUUCGUUAAUUAAGUCUUUUGAUCAGUUUGAAAUUGAUGGCUGUGACAAUUGUGAUGAAUUUUUGAGAUUGAAAAACAACCGUGAUCACGUAUAUGAUUGUACUAGUUCAAAUUUUGAUGGAAUGGUUGCACUUAUGAGCCCUGAAGACAGUUGGGUUGCUAGAUGGCAAAAAAUCAAUAGAUUUACAAAAGGCAUUUAUGCUAUUUCUGUUGCUGGUCGAUUACCUCCAAAUUUUGUAAGAGAAAUGAAGGCCAGAGGUAUACCGUAUCGUCCUAGAGAUACAACAUUCAAAUAAGUACUUUUCCUUUAUCUCAUGUUUAUUAUAUAAAUACAAUUUUGUAACUCAUUGUAUAACUGAUUUAAUUAUAAAAAUUACUUACAUUUUAAUAUACAAGACAAAUAUAAUAAUAAUAAAUAAAUAAUUG